GGAACCCCGGGGCUAAAUUUAAAAGCGAGUGUCGGUCUGGUCGGUUAUGGAUGUGUGUUGGGCCGUGCUCGUUGUUGGGUAUCUGUGUGCCGCUGUUGUCACAUGUAAUGAUCCUUUGUACUCUGAGCCCUGGCUUCGAUCAGUGAGUUUGAACAGACAUAUUGUAAAGAAUGGAUUUCAUAGAGAGUUAAUAAUGGAUGUUGACCUUGGUGAAAGUGCUCAACAGAGCUGUUGCGUUAUGAUUAAGCAGCAGUUACCACCAGGACUUUACGUGGAUCCGUAUGAACUUGCUUCACUACGAGAGCAGAAGAGUGAAGAGAUAUUCGUUCAGAAUGAGAUCGAUAUUGAAGCUCCGGAAUAUUUGUCAGCAGCACAUGCAGUCAUCAUCUAUCUGAAACCUGAUCCCAGACAUAAUGGACAUUUUACUGGAGCAGUCCCACUACAUGUACGAUAUCAUCGGCCAACAGACACAAAGGAAGCCACUGCUUUGGUGACCCUUGCAGACCCACAGUUGAUGAUUCACUGUCAGGAAAAUAGUCCAUUAUUGGAAAGUUGGAAACUUGGUAUAACUAAAGCUCCCUGCUCAGCAAAUAAUCACAGUAUCUGUAGCUGGCUGAAUGUUAACUAUCACAAUGUUGUGGAAACUCUUACGCUACAGGUUCCUGUUGGGCAGAAGAAGGAUGUAUUGGCUGUGGUCACUGCAACAUUGCUCACUACCAUUCUGUGCUGUAGCCUGCUUAUCAGAGCUGUGUGGAUACAUGGCGAGUUUGAACACUAAUUUAAGAGUGAUGAAAGCCCAGUAAAAGGCGAACUUUGGAGAAAAGGCUCAAGCAGCUGUUUACAUCACUUCUCUGCAUAUUUGUGCUGAUCGUCUGCCAGAUUUACAGGAGAAAAUUGGGGUGGGGGCGGGGGCGGAAAGCCUGUAAAAGUUCCAUGUUCUACUCUGAAAAGGAAUGUUAAGUUCAUGGAAACCUGUCUGCGCAGCCAGAAUUCAGAAAGCUUUGUUAGACAAAAGACAGAACUGGAGCUAGAUAAUAUAAAUUUCCUUUAAACAUCCAGGCACAGAUUCUCUGGCAUCCUCAGCCUGCCAUAUAUCAAUUCUUUUGAUGUUCAGAAUGGCUGUAAAAAGCAGCCUAGUGGAAUUGGAGAUUUCAGACAUUAAGGAAAUCAUCGUUAACAUUUCUCAAAUAUUUCUCAUGUUUGGAAAAUGUAUUCACAUGCAUGCCUGAUACUUUAUUCUUGAGACCAAACAGAAAAGACCUGUCCAGCUACCAAUUUAACUGUCCCAUAAAUUCAAAGAAUCCUGUCUGAAAGAUUUCUGGCAAUUUUACACUACUAUAUCAAAAUAAUUCUGCCUUAGAGGCUACACGUAUUAUAUUAUCUGCAUUUUGGACAUGCCAGAUGAGCUGUAUGUGACAGUAAUGGCCAUACUUUUUACAUGGGCCUUUCCCCCAGCCAUCUCCCACUUGUUAUCGAAAGAGUAGUAUCCUGUGAGAAGUUUGCCCUGCGUUUUUCUAAUGUGCUAAUCUAAGUUACAAAUAAUGUGUUUUGUGAAUAAAGUUACUUAUGAAAUCUCGAACUAAAU